CUGCCCCUUACUCUGGACCCCUUGCGGUUAGAGGAGCAGAACCAUCAGCUCCCCGCCGGGUCCAGCCGACACCUCGAAGCAACAAAACGACAUGGCAGCUCCAGCUAAGGACGAAAACCUGUCCCUGGUGGUGCAUGGACCUGGAGACAUUCGCUUGCACAGCCUCUGGGGUCACAGACAGGCUGACACGUGGGAGCAAGUGGCAAAGACAUCUUCUAAGAAUCUGGGCACAGGCCACAUUACCUUCAAUGCCUGUCCCUUUAAGGAGAACUACCCAAUCCCUGAGCUGGGCCCAAAUGAUGUGUUACUGAAGAUGCAUUCGGUGGGGAUCUGCGGCUCGGAUGUUCACUACUGGGAGCAUGGCCGAAUUGGGGAUUUUGUUGUGAAAAAGCCCAUGGUGCUUGGGCACGAAGCUGCUGGAACAGUCACAAAAGUAGGAGCAUCUGUGAAACAUCUAAAACCAGGAGAUCGAGUUGCCAUCGAGCCUGGCGUUCCCCGAGAAAUAGAUGAAUACUGCAAGAUUGGCAGAUACAAUCUGUCGCCAUCCAUCUUCUUCUGUGCCACACCCCCGGAUGAUGGGAACCUCUGCCGCUUCUACAAGCACAGUGCUGACUUCUGCUACAAGCUUCCUGACAACGUUACCUUUGAAGAAGGGGCGCUGAUUGAGCCUCUGUCUGUGGGGAUCUAUGCCUGCCGUCGAGGUUCAGUUUCCCUGGGGAACAAGGUCCUUGUGUGUGGAGCUGGCCCAGUUGGGAUGGUCACUUUGCUUGUAGCCAAAGCAAUGGGAGCUGCUCAAGUGGUGGUGACUGACCUAUCUGCUUCUCGGUUGACCAAAGCCAAGGAAGUUGGAGCCGACUUUACCAUCCAGAUUGCCAAAGAGACCCCUCAGGAAAUUGCCAGUAAGGUGGAAAGUCUGCUGGGGGGCAAGCCAGAGGUCACCAUUGAAUGUUCAGGAGCGGAGUCCUCCAUCCAGACCGGCAUCUAUGCCACUCACUCUGGUGGGACCUUGGUGAUUGUGGGAAUGGGCUCUGAGAUGAUCAAAUUGCCCCUAGUGCACGCAGCUGUUCGGGAGGUGGAUAUCAAAGGCGUGUUUCGCUACUGCAACACGUGGCCAAUGGCAAUCUCCAUGCUUGCAUCGAAGACGCUGAAUGUGAAGCCCUUAGUUACCCAUAGAUUCCCUCUGGAGAAGGCUGUGGAAGCCUUUGAAACAGCCAAAAAGGGAGUGGGGCUCAAAGUUAUGAUCAAGUGUGACCCCAAUGACCAGAAUCCCUAAAUGUGACUUGGUGUAUGUUCUCAGCCCACCCUCAGCAUCUAAGGGCUAAAUGGCUAGAAGGGGAGGCCAUUAAUGCAGAACUUUCUUUUGAAUGGUAAAAAUAAUAAACUCAUAAGCCGAGAGCCUUAGAGGAGUUGGCGUGCCUUAAAGACAGAAGUAGGGGUACCUUGGGGGAUGUUGCAGCCAGAGUGAGAUGCUCAUACUGAGCAAAGUCUAACAGAGUCUGGCAGAUAGACCCUGGGAAUGUUCUUUCUCUAGUACCUUCUUUGGGUGAGGAGACAAAGCAUGCCCUUGUCCAUGUUCCACUGUGGCUGCCAGGGAGCCGGGCUGACUGAUGAAGAAACGGCUUUAUUAACAUGAAAAUGGCCCCAGGGCUGAAGUUUCAGUAGCUGUUGAGAGCAGUGUUUCUUGAGCUAAGUGUCACUUAUUUGAAGGGAGUAAGAAAAGGAAUUUGCCUCCUGGAUCCAGGCAAGGAACUGAUCGGAAGAGUAAGACAAAUCCCAGAUGAGGUACGCUAGCUUACAUCCCCAGAUGUGGAAAGAAGAAGGGCACUCAGCUCUGCCCAAAGACCACCUCUGUCUCAGCUCCUAAGAAUUCUGUCGUUACAUUUGCAAAGUGGAAGCCCACCUUCCCGACAACAUUGCUCAUUCAUGAUCAGGAGCAGUACCCGUUGCUAAGCAACCAGGAGACUUCCACCUAAAGAUCUUAAACCCUGCCUAACUCACGCAAGAGUCACAGGAGGGCUUGAGUUUCCCACUCACAGGAUGAGACUCCUCUCCCAGGCUCACUCACAGGCAAUUAUCAUCCUGGUCCACUCAGCUCUGGCUCUCGGAAGAUGCUCCCCCUCUCAGCUGGGUGAGGCUGGUGAUAUCUAUUGGGAGGGUGUCAGAGUGUAAUUUCGUCAUAGGGCUUUUCUUUAUAAGAUUUGGGUCCAAAUCACACCCUUUGUGAUCUUAAGAUAAUCAGGAAGUGCACAGUAACUGACGUACCUUGGGCUGCAGUCUGUGAUCCACCUCUUCACCUAUGGGUAGGGGACAUGUGAAAAAAAGUGAUCUUCCAAACCUGAGCUUUCUCAAACUGCUUCGCAUAAUAAAUUCUGUCGCUGGUAUCAACUCCA